CUUCAGCCACACAGAAAAGGCCAUCGGAAUUCAAUGGCUGGGGCGGCUACAUUGCUCACCAAAGUUAUGUACUGUACCAGAUUAGUGGCUUUCUCUCCACUUCCAUUCCCAUUCCCAUGGGGUCAUAAAGCCUUUUUCUCAACCCUGAGCUACCCAUCACCCUUUUAUACACCUCCAAAGCGAAAUCGAAAUGGAGUAGUUCAUCUGCAUCCAAUUCCAAAUGGAGAGGCAUCAAACUCACACUCUCUUCCAGGUGUGGAGAAUGUGAUGAUGGAAUAUAUAUGCGGUCAAAGGAGAGCCACCCUCCUUGCCCAUCGGGUGUGGAUGGAUAUUGUUAAGAAAGGGGACAUUGUUAUUGAUGCCACUUGUGGAAAUGGUUAUGAUACUCUGGCAUUAUUGAAAAUGGUUGCUGAUCACACAAAGCAGGGUCGUGUGUAUGGAAUGGAUGUUCAGAAAGUUGCUUUGGAAAAUACUUCCCUUUUAAUAGACCGCUCUGUUAACCCCCAUGAUGUAAAAUGCUAUCUCAUUUUCUGAUGCUAAAGAGCUUGUUGAGCUAUUUUCCCUGUGUCAUAGUCGCAUGGGAGAUGUGAUUCCAGAAGGCGUGAAAGUAAGGUUAGUUGCUUUCAAUUUAGGCUACUUACCAGGUGCGGACAAAAAGAUCAUUACCAAGUCAGAAACAACAUUACGUGCAAUAGAGGCUGCAAAGGAAAUUCUAAUGCCUGGAGGACUCAUCAGUAUAGUGGCUUACGUUGGCCACUCUGGAGGAAGGGAGGAAUUCGACAAGAUCGAAGAACUGACUUCCAGAUUACCAUUCAAAAGUUGGAAUUGUUGCAAACUCCAAAUGUUAAACAGGCCUCUAGCACCUGUACUUGUGUUUCUCCGUAAAAGAUGAAAAUUAAAUGGAGCAUUGACCGAAGGAUCUAGAGAUCCCUUUUAGGCAAUCAAAUUGACUAGAACUCCCCUUGACUUGAUGAAUGACUUGAAUCGUAACACAUUGCUUGCUAAGUUUGUCAAUGCUUGAAUGUACAUAUUGCUUGUAAUGGAUCUGAUGAAUUCGGAAUCCACAGACUGCUUGGAAUGGAAAUUGUACACCGCCACUGCCCCCUGCUGCCGCUGCUGGACCACGCCCUUUCUGCCACCGGCUGCUGCCAUCGGUUUGGGCCGUUUUUGUUCCUCACCAGUCACCAGCACCGUUUAUCAUGUUUCUCACAUUAAAUGUAACUUAUUUUCCAUUCAAAAGUCAUGUAACGAUAACAAUUUUUUUAUGAAAAUUCCAUUUUAAAGGACAAAACCAUGGGGAGCUGCUUCUGUGAGCUUCCAAUAGCCGAAUAGCGGUAAUAUUUACCCUAUCAUUUUUCUCCUCCUCUUGCCUGGAUAACGCUUAUUUGUACAAUAUGACAUUUGUUCAUCCUUCCAAGUAGAAAUUUGUUUUGUAAAUCUUUCCUGAGAGGCUGAAACGCCACAAUACAAUGGUGUUGCUGAACGCAAACAUCGCAAUCUCCUAAAAUUAGCACGAGCUAUGCUUCUUGAUG